GCGGGCCUGGCGGCGGGGCGCUACCGCCUCUCCACGCGCUCCGACCUGUCGCUGGGCUCGCGCGGCGGCGCGGCCACCCCGCAGCACCCCCCGUCCGGGGCCAAGAGCUCGGCCACCGUGAGCCGCAACCUCAACCGCUUUUCCACCUUUGUCAAGUCUGGCGGGGAGGCGUUCGUGCUGGGCGAGGCGUCGGGCUUUGUGAAGGACGGGGACAAGCUGUGCGUGGUGCUGGGACCCUAUGGCCCCGAGUGGCAGGAGAACCCCUACCCGUUCCAGUGCACCAUCGACGACCCCACCAAGCAGACCAAGUUCAAGGGCAUGAAGAGCUACAUUUCCUACAAGCUGGUGCCCACGCACACGCAGGUGCCUGUGCACCGGCGCUACAAGCACUUCGACUGGCUGUAUGCGCGCCUGGCCGAGAAGUUCCCCGUCAUCUCAGUGCCACACCUGCCCGAGAAGCAGGCCACGGGCCGCUUCGAGGAGGACUUCAUCUCCAAGCGCAGGAAGGGCCUGAUCUGGUGGAUGAACCACAUGGCCAGCCACCCGGUGCUGGCCCAGUGCGACGUUUUCCAGCAUUUCCUGACCUGCCCCAGCAGCACGGACGAGAAGGCCUGGAAACAGGGCAAGAGGAAGGCCGAGAAGGACGAGAUGGUGGGGGCCAACUUUUUCCUGACCCUGAGCACCCCGCCUGCUGCCGCCCUGGAUUUGCAGGAGGUGGAGAGCAAGAUCGACGGCUUCAAGUGCUUCACCAAGAAGAUGGAUGAUAGUGCCCUGCAGCUCAACCACACAGCCAACGAGUUUGCACGCAAGCAGGUGACAGGCUUCAAGAAGGAGUACCAGAAGGUGGGCCAGUCCUUCCGUGGCCUGAGCCAAGCCUUUGAGCUGGACCAGCAGGCCUUCUCUGUGGGCCUGAACCAGGCUAUCGCUUUCACCGGAGAUGCCUACGAUGCCAUCGGCGAGCUCUUCGCGGAGCAGCCCAGGCAGGACCUGGAUCCGGUCAUGGACCUAUUAGCGCUCUAUCAGGGGCACCUGGCCAACUUCCCGGACAUCAUCCACGUUCAGAAAGGAGCUCUUACCAAAGUAAAGGAGAGUAGGCGGCAUGUGGAAGAGGGGAAGAUGGAGGCCCAGAAGGCUGACGGCAUCCAAGACCGCUGCAACACGAUUUCCUUUGCUACUUUGGCUGAAAUUCACCAUUUCCAUCAAAUUCGAGUAAGAGACUUUAAGUCACAGAUGCAGCAUUUCUUACAACAGCAAAUAAUAUUUUUCCAAAAAGUAACACAGAAGUUGGAAGAAGCUCUUCACAAAUAUGAUAGUGUUUAAUAUCUGGACAUUGGAUUGUGGACUCUUUUCAGUUCAAGGAUAAUUUCUACAGCAGAGUAAAAACUGCUAUCAAAGAACUAUUGCCAACUAUCAGUGGUGGUACAAGGAUGGUUUUGUGUUCAACUGAAGCCCAGCUGAAUAUAUAAUUAUGUAGAAGAGAAACAGUUAAUAUGGUUAUAUAAUAGAAACAGUACCACACAUUGUAAUUAAAUUAUACUAUGUAUGCCUACACUACCAUUGUAACUUUUGGAAUAAUGAUUAUACUAUUUGCCUUAUUGCUUUUUGAAGUAUGGGUAUUUUAGUGCAUACUUUGUAGACCUCAAAGCCCACAAAGGGUCUCAAAGAAUCUGGCUGGAUAACAGCCUGCUGUGGAUGCCUUCUUACUCUCCUAGAUUGGGAUUACCUAAAUUCAACCUAUUCUCUGUUUACAAACUCCAACUAGAGCAGCUAUGCGACUUUG